AUGGCAAGUGGGAAUGAUAUAGAAAAGGGUCAAGUGAAUGGAAGCGAUUCAAUUAAUGCAGAACGCGGAGGCAUAAAUGUUGGACAAUUGAAAUUCACCUUAAACACAAGCCUUUGGGAGGCCGACUCACCUUUGCCUUUUUCAUGUUGCAUCUUCAGAGUCCCCGAGGUUCUACGACGACGAAAGGUACAAGCAUACGAACCUGACAUAGUCUCAAUCGGACCCCUUCACCGUAGUGCUGAUCCAAAAUUCAAACUUGUGGAAAAGGUGAAAGAAUGGUAUCUAAAAUGCCUUCUCGAGCGUCCGACGACAACAAUAACCUUGGAUAGCUUGAUCGAAGGCAUGAAGGAACUUGAAAGAGAAGCCCGAGGUCGCUAUUCAGACCCACGCAAUGAUCUUGACCAAAACGACUUCAUACGGAUGCUCAUACUCGACGGUUGUUUCUUGAUAGAAUUGUUUCGGAAGGCACGUGAUGAAAGUCGACAAGAUUAUGACGACCCCAUUUUCAACGCGCCUUGUAUGCUCGAGUAUCUAUACCAUGAUCUUCUGUUGCUAGAAAAUCAGCUUCCUUGGUCUGUGCUUAAGUAUUUCUAUGACCUAAUCGAGAGCGGUAACCCUGGGGCUGAACCCCUCAGUAAAGUGGUGAUUGACUUCUUCAGAGAUUCAGUGGCUGAUCCUAGCAUUUUCAGCGACCGCAAAUCCGAAUCUACUCCUGAGAUUCUUCACAUUGUUGAUCUAAUCAGAACUUCUCUCGUUCAGGAACAUAAAGACGAACCUGAUGAAGACCCGAAGGCAGCUCCCCUCCCAUCAAACCACUUGCCACAGAGGAUACCUAGUGCUGCUACUCUUACAGAAGCAGGCGUUACAUUUAGAAUACCCAAAGAACCCAAGGCAGGUUCGCCAGGAGGUUGCAUACUGAACAUAACGUUCAAAGACGGCGUGUUCAGCAUUCCUCCUCUGGCUAUCGAUGAGAGGACAGAUCCUUUGUUCAGGAACCUCAUGGCCUACGAGCAGUGUUAUCACAGUUGCACCCACAAGAUAACAUCCUACGCGGUUUUGAUGGAUAAUCUCAUUGAUACGGCAAAGGACGUGGAUCUUCUAUGUGAGAAAGGGAUAGUAGCCAACUGGUUGAGUUCUGAGGAUGCUUCCAAGUUCUUCAACGAUCUAUACGAUAAUACUACAGUCAUCGACUUUGUCUACAAGAGACUCUGCACGAGGGUGAAUGACUAUCACAGAUCUGCAUGGAUGAGGAGAACAUGGAUCAGGUGGAAAAACAAAUUGAGAAGUGAUUAUUUUGAUACACCAUGGUCGACCAUCUCUUUCUUUGCAGCUUUUGUGCUCCUGGUCCUCACCUUCUUGCAGACCGUAUACACAAUCCAGCAAUACCGUCAUUCUCCUAAUUAA